AGUAACACUUCACAUGAUGCUAGCUAGUUCGCUGUGGGGAUCGCCUACAUUUCGUGAGUGUAUUUCUUGUGUUGUUUCGUUAUUUUAUGACAUCACAUACGUUUUUCUAGAGACUGCAUCUAUGUAGUUUGAACAUACCAGUUAUUAAUUUGUUUCAUAUAACGCACGACUAACGUUACUAGCUAGAUAGCUAAUAAAUGCAGCUAGCCGGCUAUUUGACUAGCAUUAAUGCUAACGUUAGCUAGCUAGCAUCUGUAGCAGUCCAAAUUAAGCCAAAAGCAGUAGCUAGCUAGCUAGCAAGCUUCAUCGUAUGUCCGACCGUAACUACGAGAGUAAGCAAUUAGACAUUGUUGCAACACAUUUUUUGCAGUCAGAUGUGCAGUUGACAGUAGUGAGGUGUUGGCUAACGUUAAGUAGCUAUUUUGUUAGAACUAUCAGCUAGCUAACGCUAGCUAGUGUAGUAAUUGUAUUUACUGGAGUGACGUUCCGUGACAGUGGUUUCAUCUCACAGAGAAUGACUGUAGAACAGCAUGACCUUAAUCAUGAGUCAUGUAUGUUACAAGAUUAGGCUUGACCUUAGCCCAAGAUGUACUGUUAAGGAGUGUAGGCUAGCGUCUUUGACUUUGGUGAACGAGAGCUAAGCUUGACCUGAACAGUUACUUCUGGUUCAGUUGCUACAGCACAGUUUGAAACUGUCCUGUGUGCUUCCAGUUUCUAUUUCAGGCAGUUCCCUGUGCACCGCAUAUUGUCAUUCUCUGCCAAUGGGCUGACACCUUGUUGCUGAGAUGUUGCUGAAAGACAUUCCCCAGGAGGUGCUGAUGCGCCCGCUUUCCCGAAAUGAAGUAGUGGGCAUGAUAGUGAGACUGACCAUCUUUGGAGCUGCCACCUACUACGGCAUCAAAUGGGUGGUGGAGGCGAUGGACCCUACACAUAAACAGAAGAUCCAGUCCAAGAAAAGGGUAUGCGCACAUAUUGUUUAUGUUUAGAUCUGAAUCAUCUUAUAACAUAUAUAUUUAUUAUUGUUUGAUUAACCAUCAAUUGUGUUAAGCAGUAGAGUGAUGUCCAUCUCCUCCUCCAGGCAGAGCAGCUGAUGAAGCAGAUUGGAGUGGAGGGUGUCAAACUCACUGAAUAUGAGAUGAACAUUGCUUCUCACCUGGUAGAUCCACGCAGCAUGAGGGUAAGGGAAAUCUCCUAUAAAGUGUGACAGUUCUUUAAAUUGUCAUUUUGUGACUUACGAAGUUUGUGGUGUUACAUAAUUUGUGCUUUGUACAGAAAGUUAGAGGAAAGGGGUCAUUUUGCACAUUGUGUAUAAAGUUGUAAGCCUAAAGAUUUCUCUGCUCUUCCUCUGUAGGUGUCCUGGAGGGAUAUUGCAGGGCUUGAUGAGGUCAUUUAUGAGCUGCAGGACACCGUCAUCCUUCCCUUCCAGAAGAGACACCUGCUGGCUGGAUCCAAACUCUUUCAGCCUCCUAAAGGUAAACGCUUCAGGGCACAUUUCACAUCAUGUUGUAUUUUGCAUAUUUUUUUCUUCCAAAGUAAAUUAUUUUGGGUAACACUUUUGGGAAUGAAGUGAGUGAGUGAUUUGAUCCUCUUUCUGUCACCACCUCAGGGGUGUUGUUGUAUGGGCCUCCCGGGUGUGGGAAGACUCUUAUCGCCAAGGCAACCGCCAAAGCCUCAGGAUGCCAGUUCAUCAACCUGCAGCCCUCCACUCUGACGGACAAGUGGUACGGCGAAUCACAGAAGCUCACCGCUGCUGUCUUCUCUUUGGCUGUCAAGAUCCAGCCAUGUAUCAUCUUCAUAGAUGAAAUUGGUGAGUGUGUCGUUACGUAUCUCACAUGUUUUAAAACUACUUUGUGAACCAUUAGUCGGAGCCCUUCACUGUGCUCAUUAAAUACCCAGUAGUGUAAUGCUCUCUUAAUUGAUAUCAUUUACUGAUUUCUUUAACCUCAACCAUUACAUAAUCAUAUUUGAGGCAAUGUUCACUUUUGGAAUCUUCUUUUUCAGACUCCUUCCUGAGGAAUCGCUCUAGUCUGGACCAUGAGGCCACAGCCAUGAUGAAGGCCCAGUUUAUGAGCCUGUGGGAUGGGCUGGAGACUGGGGCAAGCAGCCAGGUACCACCAUCAACUCCCAUAGUUAGAUUUGUCUUAUUCGCUCUUAUUCGUCAUUGAGUAUUGGCCGUUGGUUUAAUGUCUUUCUUUGCUGUGCUGGUUGUACAGUUAGGUAAUGUUGGGGUAUUGUUCUUGCAGGUGAUGGUGAUGGGGGCCACCAAUAGACCACAGGAUCUGGACCCAGCCAUACUGCGCAGGAUGCCCACCACCUUUCACGUGGGUUUACCGGUGAGAUAUACACACACACUUGAACGUGGCCUGAAAAUGUCUGUCAGUUCAGUUGUGGAUGCACUCUGAUAAUCAAGCUGUCAUGUUAAAACCUGUGUCUCUCAUUAUGUUAUGUACUUCUGUAGACCACAAGACAGAGGGCAGAGAUCCUGAAGUUGAUCCUGGCAGGAGAAAAUGUAAGUUAACACCAUCUCCAUCCCUUCGUUUCCUCUCAGAUAUCCAACCAGUUUGAGUCGUUUCACACCUGUCCACUGUUGUGUUGGAUUUGAAGGUUAAAUGGUAACAAACAUCACAAGAAAUUACAAUGAAAUCUGGAAUAGUGAUGAUUUACGGUAUCAUGCCUGAAUAAAUGUACUGUAUACUAAACCAACACUUUUUCCCUCUCUUCCUCAGCUAAGCAAUGCCAUUAAUCUGAAGGAGAUAGCAGAAAAGUCGGAGGGUUCGUCAGGCAGUGACCUCAGGGAGCUGUGUCGUGAUGCUGCCAUGUACCGUGUUAGAGACUAUGUCCGCAAGCAGCAGAUGAAACAGAUAGCCCAGCAGAUGCAUGAGGAGGACGAGGAAGACAAGUAACUACCAUUUACCGUUACUAACUCAGGCAUCAAACUACUGGUCUUUGACCUUUUUACUAUGCUGAAUGUAGCUAUAAGUUACGGUAUACUUCAUUGUGUUGUGCUUGUGUUUUUCUCUUGUUGAAAGCGAAGUCUUCAGGUCUUAAAAGCUGGUGUUAGUUGAAAAUGUUUCAUAAAACACCUAUGUCUGCAUCUAUGUUUGACCCCUGACCUCUGACCUUUGUCCCAUCCGUCUCCAGAGCAGGGGUGGAGGAGCGUCUGCGGCCCAUCACCCAGCUGGACCUGCUGUUCGGCCUGGACAAGAUGAAGGAGUCCAAAAAGGCCACCAUGCCCCAGGAACUCAUACCCCGAGAGGUGCCUCUGGACUAAACCUUUCUUUCAGACACCCUUUACAUACGCGUUGUUACUGACCAGUGGCCUACCCUACUGUUUAUCCCCCCACACAUACACAUCUCCCAGUCCUAGCACAGUGGUCCAGAGCAGUCCGAGAGAGAUGUCCCUGGACCACAAUCUCUCUGUAUCCCUUCUCUUAUCCCACACCAAUACCCUUCAGUAUCCAGUUCAUUCCUAUUGUCUGUCCAUGUUACAGAUUAAUUCCAACCCCCCACACACAGUGUCCCAGAACAUUCCCAUUGCCCUGAGUCAUCAUAAAAUACUAGAGCCUUAGAAACAGCCUUUGUACAUUAAGCUGGGCAGCAGGGCUGUCCACUGUAACGCUCCUGCACAGAUGGCACUGGGUGAGAGGGACCGGACAGAGUCUGUCUUUAAAAACUCUGUCAUCAAUGUUGUUGUUAUUAUUAUUAAUAUGUGUCACACAAAUCUUAUAAUGAGAAAAUGUGAAUCUAUAUUGGUUUUUAAUCAUGCUACUUCUCUGGAAAAUUACUGAAUAAGGAAUAUUACUGUAUUUGCACUGUCAAUGUUAUUUUGGGCAAGCACUAAACCGUGUCGCAAGUGUCUAGUUGUCUGCAUGUCUAAGCAAUAUAAUGAAAAACAUUAGCUACACAAUAGUACUCGUGUUACAGUUAACGAAGACCAAGAUUUUGGAUGAAAAACCAGACAAUUGGGAAAAGUCCCUGGGAGUUGAAUCAGUUGGUAAAUCUGAUAUUCUGAAUCUACUUUUAUUGAAUGUUCAUCACUGUAUUUAAUACUGUACUUCUCUAAAUAUUGGAUUGAAACUAUUCCUGACUACAUUAUUCAUCUUUACUGACGAAGGUAGACGCCUCAUGUCUUCUUUUGUUUUAUGUCACAGUAAUAUGCCCUUCAUUGGGCUGCAGUCUUACACAAGCAAACUAAUGUUUUUGAAAUAAUUGUAUCCUUUAUAUAAUGUGCAGCUGUGCUUUUGCAAGGUCCAUUAUGACCAACCUUCAAACAUGGGUAUUGACCAGCACAGCAGUCUGUCUCAAAAUGUCAAUCAUUCCAGUCUGUCUCCAUGGAAACCAGACUGAGUCCUAUGGCUAGGCUUUCAUCUCUAGUGUGACCCAUUGUCUGCUGCUGUUUUCUGUUCUGUCUUUCAAACAAGCAUCUGAUUUAGACCUGGGAAACCAGGUGAGUGCACCUUAUGA